UGAGCAAAGAGGAGAUGGGCGGCUGGGUGCGCGUGCUGACGUCAGAGACAGGAGCAGACACAGUUCCUGAGGGGCUGGAGGAGUACCUGGUGGCGGGAGAUAACUCCUCUGAUGCCGCCAGUCUACUCAGCUUUACCGUGCUCAAACAGUGGGAUAUGGGAGACCUCGUGCCUAAACCAUCCCAGGCUGGAACCUCAACCUCCCACGACUACGAGGACCCCGCGGACAUCCUCGGCCCGACGGACACACAGGACACCAGCGACAGUAACAGGACCACGCCCUCUGUUGACACAACUGACGUCACAUCGGAUGUCUCUCAGCCCACCCUCGGGGAGACGUCGGCGUGUGGGCAGGAAGGUGUCGGCGUGAUGGUCGCUUCUUCAUCCUUGCCAGAGAGGACCAACAGCUGUGGUUCAAGGUCCCCGAAAAUCUCUGAGGCGUUCGCGGCUCCCAACAAAAAAGACAGCGGCUUUUACAGUGUUAAGGGAGCGAACUCAGACAGCGACAGCGGGUGUGAGAACAGUAGUCGCGACGCUGGGGAUAUGGAUUCCGGCUACGCGACACUAGACUCGCUUCGCUUCCGUCAAGGGCAACAUGGUCGCUCGUCGUCCACCUCACACGGGCGUGGGGAUCCAGCUGUCUCGGAAACUGGACUUCCUAGUGAGUCAGCGAGCUGUGGUGUCAACAACAGCAAACACAGCAGCAACAACAACAGCAACAACAAAAGCAACAGCAACAGCAGCGACAGCCUGAAAGACUCUCGGUCCGUCCUGUGUGACAGCAGCCUCGGGAGCUGUGUCAGUGGCGCCACCUCAGAGAGCAACAGCCCCGACACCUCGCCCGUCCAUGCGGCCUGCUCAAACACUAGUGCUUCCUCCUCAGCUCCCUCCUCCUCCUCUCUUCCUCAUCCUCCUCCCACCUGUGUUCAGAAUUCCUCCGAUAAACAUUUAACCUCCAAUCCUCCUGCACAAAGCCAAUCUUCGUCUUCCUCAGCCAACGUCACAGACCAGAAGAAUCCAACAGGGUCUGACCUUGACGAAGGUCACUACGACCGACUGACCUCAACAGACGAAGCACCAGAGGUCACUGACCUUGUAUCGCCCACUUAUGUCAAAGGUCAACCUGCGUGUCAAACCCCUCUCAGCCCUUCCAAUGACCGUACUGUUGUGUCUCCCAGCGAUAACGAAUAUUCCGUUGUACUCAAAAGAUCCAGCAGAUCAAAAUCAAAAUCUCCAGAAACAUUUCCAGCCCUCCCCACCCCUCCCCCGGACCAGACAAGCGACUCAACGACGGACAGCAGAAAUCCUGGGUCAGACGUGACCGACUCCCGCCCCCAUGAGUCAUCGGGCGAGUCAUCGUCUGACAAGGAGAAGAAAAAUACUCCCGCCGGUGAGGACUCUGACGACUUGACCAAGUUUGGAGAAGAUCUGUUCGAGUCCCUUCUCCAAAACACGUGCCAGGAAUCCGACGCUGAUUCUGUGGAGUUGGACUUCACUCCUCGCCCCCCGUCUAUGUCCCUCCAGCCACCUAGUGAUAUUAACGACGCCCAGCACGAUCGAGUCUUCGACGGGAACUCCAGCGUGGACAGCGAGAGACUCAGCUCCCCCCACUCCCUCUCCCCCACUAGCAUCUCCGGCAAGUUGGAACAAGACGCCAGUGCCCUCCCCUCCUCCGGGAAUUCCUCCAACCCCGACCUCUCGGAGGAAGGGUCACAACCUCUCUUGUCAUCGUCAUUAUCGUCGUCAUCAGCGACAGACGACAGAGGAGGGGCCAGGGAACAAAUGUCUUCAGAGCCCCCUACUGGUGAGGAUGGGAGUGAAGACGACUGCCCGCCCCCUUUGCCCACGUCUCCUAUUCCAGAUCUAGGUCCCUCCUCCCCCUCAUCCUCCUUCACUCCUCCUGUAGACUCUGAAAGUUGUCCACGGAAUGAGGGAAAAUGUGACCCAUCAGAACCGUCCAUUGUGAAAGACACUACCACAGCCUCCACCGCUUCGACGUCUGCUCAAAACUCCUCCGGGGCAGAACCUUCCUCGUCUGUCGCUGAGACAAAGGGGGAGAACCUUGACUCUCUGGAUGGCUCCAGCCAUGUGCCAAAAAUAGCAGCCAAUGAGAACGCUUGCAAUGGCAGCGCCGUUUCACCGAACUCCACUGCGGAUGAUGUAUUUUUUAAAAACGAGUACCCACUGGGUCCGAGUUCGGAUGCCGUCCUUGCCCUCGCCAGUAACCCCGACGCCACCGAAGGGGAGCUCACCGCGGCCAUCAACGCUCUCAAGGAGAAGCUGACGCAGAUCAAGCGACGCAGAAUGGCCGUUCACGAGAAGCGACAGAAGGUGUCCAGUGACGAGGAGAGACUGGCCUGUGAGAAAGAGUUCGCCGCCCUCGACCGCGCCGUGGAGGGCACUGACCUUGACAUUCGCCACCUCCAGAACUACCUGGACGUGAUCCAAGGUCAGACCCUGGAAGCCAUGAAGGCCGCGAGCAGCAAGAAAAAACCUGGCUCUCGGAAGAAGAAGAACAAGCGCAAGUGAGCUGUGACGUCCAAGACUCUCAACUACGCCAUUUUUGCUGAUAUUGCGGGAGAAACUCCUAGUUCUUUCCCCUGACAGCUUUACAGGGAUUUUGACAUAAUAACGGUCGUUUCAGAUUCAUAAUAUGGUGUGAGAAAUGUACGGUAGUUUCUCGGGAGAUUUGAGAAUUUUAUGUGUGGAAAAGAAAUCAAAUGAGGAAGUAAGUGGGUCGCUUACUGAUGAGAACAAUUAGGAAGUGACAAACGCUGUGUCUAAGACAUUUGACUCUUUGGCUCGACAUAAGGGCUUUGAACUUUUUGCUGUCACUAGAAGUAUAGAAGGCAAACGAGGCAAGGGUAGACCAAGAGAAACUGAUCUGGAAAACCUGAAUGAAUGGGUGACGCAGAAGCACAAGGGAUUGGAUCUUUGAGAGUGGAGGAAUGAAGGGAGAACAAUGAUCGAUGAUGUCUGUUUUAGAUCUGGCACUUCAUGAUGAUGAAGGUGUAACCAUCUCAGUAAUGUGUGAACACAAUCUUGUUCAACCCAGCCACAUACACGAUGAAAUAGAAGACAUAAACCUGCUUGUAGAAACCUUCAUUGGGGGCACCCACAGCCCACAGAAAGAGAGGGAGUGUGUUGUUGUAGAGUUGACAGGAAGCACACUAAUGUGAGAAC